AUGCCUCAUACUUACCUUAUCUCGGGCACCAGCCGCGGCCUCGGGCUUGGACUCGUUCGCUACCUCUUGUCGUCCUCGAAGCAAACCAAGGUCAUUGCAGGCGUGAGGAACCCGUCUUCUGCUAUCGACCUUCAAUCCCUUGUCGACGAUUUCGGCAACGAACGGCUUCAUCUCCUCAAGCUCGACGUUGAAAACGCGGUCGAGAACGCUCUCGCUGAUCUCGAGUCGAGCGGCUUCUUGGGCGACGGCGGACUGGACACCCUCAUCGCCAACGCUGGCAUAUCGAACGCUCUCCCUCCGCCGUCCGAAACCACACCCGAGCUGGUCCAGGCAAACCUGAACGUCAAUCUUUACGGAGUCAUGAACCUCGUGACCUCAUCCCUUCCCCUCCUUCGCAAGGGACAGGCCAAGCAGAUAUUUGCCGUCUCGUCGACAGUCGGAUCGCUCGGCGGGCUCUUCAGCGAGAACUCGCUAUACACGGCAUAUUGCAUGAGCAAGACGAUUCUCAACAUGUACAUGCGCAAGCUCUCGGUUGAGCUCAAGGAGGAGGGCUUCACGGUCGUCAUGUACAGUCCCGGGUUUGUCAAGACCGACCUGACGGGAGGAUACGGCGACAUGGACGUCGAACAGGCGGUCAAGCUCGGUGUCGAGAACGUCAUUCGCAAGGUCACGAAGGCGGACAACGGCAAGUUCCUCGACGUUGACGGCUCGGUGGCGCCUUGGUGA